AUGUGCGACACUGAAUAUCAGUUCAUUAACACCGGUUCUGUGAACCCUGUGUCUCGUCGAUUAAUACGGAGCCAUGUCAUGAGGGGCAAGAACGUGGGCAAGAAGCGACUUCCAAGGCGACAACAGCAAGUCGCUCCGAUUUCCCGAAGCAAGAUUACACAAACACAAAGCAAUAUUGCCUUUCCGCCGAUCCACUACUCUCAAUCAUCCAUGCACGAGUUAAAUACCGGCGAGCUCUUCUCGCCAAGAGUACUCUUUAAUAUCGGCGAUGAGCUUGGAAGAAUUACAUCUCCGUACCACGUAUCUGACCAAGAUAGGAAAGAUAUAUCGUCAUUUUUGCUCCGCUUCUCCGAAAUGGUGUAUCCGCCUCAGUUCUCCCUCGGGUCAAGAGCGUCGAAAGCUAUAUUUAUUGAGUAUCUUUUCGUCGAUGACGCUUACUUUCAUAGUUUUCUCGCCAUGUCAGCAGCUUGCUUCAAUUGCAUUACCAACGGAGAGAGCACUACAAGGGCAGAGAUGCACCACCACUGCAGUGCCCUCCGACUUCUCAAUGCAAAGCUAGCCGGUCAAGAUGCGCUUUCGGAAAUCUCUAUUGCGAGCGUCAUCUCAAUGUGUCUGCACUCGUAUUUGAGGCAAGACGUCAAAAAGAUGAUGGUGCAUCUUAAGGGUUUAAUCAAGAUCAUUGAUCUUAGGGGUGGAAUUGGCUCAUUGGUAGCUUGCCCGGCGCUCAUGGAUAAGGUUAGAAGAAUCGAUGUCGAUGUCGCCAUGCAGAUUGGCAUCCCAUUGCAGUUGGAGUUUACUCCAAUGUUUUCAGAGCCAACCAUAGCUCCGUUGUUUCUGUCAGAUUUUGACCUCCCAGGCCCCUUCAGGCGAACCCUUCAAGAAACCAACAAGCAGCUCUACUUUAUAGCUCGAGAUAUUGCAAGACUGGCACACUUCAUGUCCGCUACUGCUACGACCCCAGAUCUGAGGCCGGGGUUUCUUCAAGAAACUGUCAUGUCCCUGUUCUAUCGACUGUUGGGUGUCGACACUGUCGCUGGACAGUAUAUGGUGGAUCCUGUGGCUAGAGGAACGCAUAUCGUUCUGGCCUCUUUUAUGACUUUGGCGUUGCUUCGUUUCGAUCACCAGAGGCGAAAACAAUACUGUUUUGUUUCUCGUCAGUGCGCCUCUCGACUCAAUUGCUCUAGCUUCGUUGAAGCUAUGGUUGAUCAUGUCGAGGCGCAUUUUUGGAUGCUGAUGGCUUCUGGUAGCACAAUCCUGGAGGACGAUGAUCACGGCUGGCUCAUUCCACAAUUAAAAGAGACAGUGGGCAAGUUGGGAAUUUCGGUCUGGUCGCAGGCCAUGACUAUUUUGAAGAGAUAUCCGUGGAUAUCUGGGCUCCAGGACGAACCAGCUCAUCCACUGUGGAUGAUGUGCUUAGAGCAGUCCGCCAGUUUGGGCCAACGGUAG